AUGUACCUUGCGAUAUCAACGAGACCUGGCAUUUCGUACUCAAUUUCAAAAUUGGCACAGCGAAACCAUAACCCGCACAAAGAGCACGAUUCAGGCAUUAAACAUGUCUUGCGAUACUUAGCGGGAACACCAGAUUUGAAAUUAGUAUAUCGUGCUGUGCGCAAACCUGUUGAAGGUUAUGUAGAUGCGGAUUGGACGAUUGAUCGUAAAUCGUAUACGGGAUACGCAUAUUUCUUAGGAGGUAGUGCGAUUCCAUGGGAAUCUAAGCGACAGGGUAACGUUGCCUUAAGUAGUACUGAAGAGGAAUAUAUCGCGCUAACAACCGCUGCAAAAUAA